UCCACUUCAACCAUUCACAAAUGGCUUCUCAUGAGGUUUCUUCUUUUGUACUGUUUUUUCUUUUGUUAGGUAUUGGAGUUUCAUACGCAGCUAGAACUCUCCUAACUUAUAGUGAUGGAGGACAAGUGAAUAUACCUGCAUUUGCUUAUGGUGCAGGCAAUGGUGGAGGUGGUGGAAGUGGUGGUGGAUAUGGUCCACUUGGUGGUGGCGGUGGUGGAGGCUUUGGGGGUGGGGGUGGUGGUAGUUAUAGUUCUAUAGGACAAUAUGGUGUUGGAGGCUAUGGAAGUGGAGGUGGGGGUGGAAGUGGUGGUGGUGAAGGAUAUGGUCCUAGUGGUGGCUAUGGAGGAGGAGGAGGAGGUGGGAAUGGUGGUGGUUCUGCUUAUGGUCAUGGUGGUUCUGCUUAUGGAGUUGGUGGAGGAAGUGGCGGAGGAGGUGGUUAUGGUCCUGGUGGUGGUGGAUAUGGAGGGGGUGGUGGAAAUGGUGGUGGAGCGGGCUAUGGUCCUGUAGAAGGUAGUGGGUAUGGAGGUGUAGGGUAUGGUGGAGGUGGUGGUAGUGGAGGUGGUGUGGGGUAUGGCCCUGGAGGUGGAGGUGGAGGGUAUGGAGGAGGCAGUGGGAAUGGAGGUGGGGCUGGAUACGGUCCUGGAGGUGCAGGAUAUGGAGGAGGUGGUGGAAAUGGUGGUGGAGCAGGAUAUGGUCAUGAAGGUGCAGGUUAUGGAGGGGGUGGUGGAAACGGUGGUGGAGGAGGAUAUGGUCAAGAAGGUGCAGGUUAUGGAGGAGGUGGUGGAAAUGGCGGUGGAGGAGGAUAUGGCCAUGAAGGUGCAGGUUAUGGAGGGGGUGGUGGAAAUGGAGGUGGAGGAGGAUAUGGUCAUGAAAGUGGAGGAUAUGGAGGCAUUGGAGGAAAUGGCGGUGGUCAUGAAAGUGGAGGAUACAGAGGCAGUGGAGGAAAUGGCGGUGGUCAUGAAAGUGGAGGAUACGGAGGCAGUGGAGGAAAUGACGUUGGUCAUGAAAGUGGAGGAUAUGGAGGCGGUGGAGGAAAUGGUGGUGGUCAUGAAAGUGGGGGAUACGGAGGCAGUGGAGGAAAUGGCGGUGGUCAUGAAAGUGGAGGAUACGAAGGCAGUGGAGGAAAUGGCGGUGGUCAUGAAAGUGGAGGAUACGGAGGCAGUGGAGGAAAUGGCGGUGGUCAUGAAAGUGGAAGAUAUGGAGGCAGUGGAGGAAAUGGUGGUGGUCAUGAAAGUGGGGGAUACGGAGGCAGUGGAGGAAAUGGCGGUGGUCAUGAAAGUGGAGGAUACGGAGGUAGUGGAGGAAAUGGCGGUGGUCAUGAAAGUGGAGGAUACGGAGGCAAUGGAGGAAAUGGCGGUGGUCAUGAAAGUGGAGGAUACGGAGGUAGUGGAGGAAAUGGUGGUGGUCAUGAAAGUGGGGGAUACGGAGGCAGUGGAGGAAAUGAGGGAUACGGAGGUAGUGGAGGAAAUGGUGGUGGUCAUGAAAGUGGAGGAUAUGGAGGAAAUGGCGGUGGUCAUGAAAGUGGAGGAUAUGGAGGCAGUGGUGGUGGUGGUCAUGAAAGUGGAGGAUAUGGAAGCGGUGGUGGAAAUGGCGGUGGGGCAGGGUAUGGUGGAGAACAUGGAGCAGGCUAUGGUGGUGGUGGUGGAAAUGGUGGUGGUGGAGGAGCAGGAAGUGGCUCAGGAGGAGAAUAUGGCUCUGGUUAUGGAAGUGGAGCAGGUGGAGGACAUGGUGCAGGAGGAGGAAAUAAUGGUGGAGGAAGCGGAGGAGGUGGUGGAGGAGGAUCGGGAUAUGGUGGAGGCAGUGCACAUGGUGGACAUGAAGGUGGCAAUGGGUAUGGUGGAGGAGGUGGUAGCGGCCAAGGUGGUGGUCAUGGUGGAUAUGCACCUUGAAAUGGACCUUAUAAUUGUUACCUUAUAUAUAUUUAUAUUAUAUACAAUUAUAAAAGAAACAAAUAGGGAAAAUACAUACUAUCAUUUAUCCUUCUUUCCCUAAUGUAUUCAAAAUAUAUUUAUGUGUAUCAAAGAUUGGGCAAAGGGAUUAGUUAUAUAAAAUAUAUAGUAAGAAAAGUAUGUGAUGUCAAAAUGGGAACUCUUGCCAAAAGUUGUAACUUCCCCAACUCCAUAUUUUGUUGAAGUAAAAAAUUAAUGGGUCUCUCCUGUUUUUGACAAA